CAGGUAUAAUAUAUUAAGGCAGGCACAACUCUUAUUGUAAUUAUAAUUUAUCGUUUUCAAUCUUUAAUAACGAAUAUCAUUUAAACAUAAAUAUUAAGCAGCUGGCCGUCAGUCGUGACGUAUACAGAACGCAACAAAAUAUUAUUGAAAAUUAGUAUUUAAGGUGCAAUAUAUCUAGUGAAUGUGGGUGUUGAAUGUUACCAGACUGGUGGCCGCGCACUUUGCCCUCAGUCUUUUACCUUAGUCAAAGACUGACAGUACACGAUAAUAACAAUCGAAUUUGAUAAGAGAUAACAGUAUAGUUGAGGUAUUGAUAACGCCAUGACAAGUGAGGGAGAGCACAGUGUGGCUCAGUAAUGGGUUACAGUGUUCCUGGAGGCGGCAUUGUAUGAGGCUACUCCACGGCCACCUUCUCUGGGAGUUGCCGUUGAACUGAAAACAUGAGCAUGAUGGGACCUGAUUUGUAUGAGCGCGGCAGCUUCCAUACUGAAUUCAACCAGUUCGAGUUGAGGAAAGCGCCGCCGAGGCCACCACCAGAGCCUGCCCAGAACCAGGAACCCCUGGUGAGGGGCAUGGGCAAGCGGCGUCCCCUUCCUGCUCGCUGGACUCCUCCCUCCCCUGCCCUCAACCACGUCCCCCUUGCUCCAAACCAACACCCGGACACACAAUCUUCUCCAUCCUUGCAGGGACCUCUGCCACCACCACCUCGGGAAUAUUCCCCUCCAUCACGGGGAUAUUCACCACCGCCACGGGGAUAUUCGCCACCACCACGGGGAUAUUCGCCACCACCACGAGGAUAUUCGCCACCACCACGAGGAUAUUCGCCACCACCACGACGGGGAUAUUCACCACCACCACGAGGAUAUUCGCCACCACCACCACGAGGAUAUUCGCCACCACCACCACGAGGAUAUUCGCCACCACCACCACGAGGAUAUUCACCACCACCACCACGAGGUCGAUAUUCUCCAUCACCACCACCACGGAGAUAUUCUCCUCUACCAUCACAAGGAUAUUCACCACCACCACGGGGAUAUUCUCCGCCUCCACGGGGAUAUUCUCCACCACCACGGGGAUAUUCUCCACCACCACGGGGAUAUUCUCCACCACCACGGGGAUAUUCUCCACCACCACGCGGAUAUUCUCCACCACCACCACCACGGGGAUAUUCUCCACCACCACCACCACGGGGAUAUUCUCCACCACCACCACCACGGGGAUAUUCUCCACCACCACCACGGGGAUAUUCUCCACCACCACCACGGGGAUAUUCUCAACCACCACCACCACGGGGAUAUUCUCCACCACCACCACGGGGAUAUUCUCCACCACCACCACGGGGCUACUCUCAACCACCACGAGGAUAUUCUCCACCACCACCAAGGGGAUAUUCUCAACCACCACGGGGAUACUCUCCACCACGAGAGGGACAUUCCCUACAGACAACAGGAAGGUCAUCAACACCUAAAAACCAACGCUCAAGGGGUGGCAGCGGGCCUCAUCAGAUGCCACCAGGAGCAGGAUAUGGCCGCGAGCCACAAGAACUUCGCCGCACAGGUACCCAAGACCAUGGCCGCCCAGCCAUAGGCGGUACCCAAGAUUAUGGCCGCUCUGGGACCCAAGACCAUGGUCGCUCUAGGACCCAUGAACACGACCGCACUGGGGCCCAAGACCGUGGCCGCUCCAAAACUCCAACAGGUGGCCGUGGCAAGGGUAAAGUACUUCAGGGACACCAGAGGGCUCGGCCGGAUAAGACUCGAUCAGCUGCCAUAAAAGUGCCUUCCGUGCCCAUGCCAGACUAUGAAGUCAAUCCCCAAGUUGCUUACCUUCCCAGCCCUGAUUACUGACUCUUAAGGUCUAGGUAGUAAAGUUAAUCUCGGGAAUGUUGGGCGGGACAAAUGGUUGGGUACAUUUAUUUUCACCUAAUUCACUGUGCCUAAUUCACUAAUGCCUGUUCACCCAGCUGUAAUUUACCUGGUACAGUAAAGUAAAUAGUAAAUUUACAGUAAAUAGUAGUACCCGGGAGUACCCUGGCAGUAAAUAUAGGUACCUGGGAGUUAGUCAACUAUUGUUUCUCCAUCAAUUGUAGACGAAAGGUACGAAUGAUACAAGAAAGGGCAAGAGAUAAAUUCAGAAAAGAUUCAAAACAAUACUCCAUGAACUAAGGAAGGUCAUGCCGUAGCUGGACCUUGGGGCACCUGUAUACACUACGUCACCAGGGGUCUUCCCACUGGCUACACAGUACUGAUACCACUCCACUACUGACUGCCGAGGCCAUUCAUAAACACAUCUUGAAAAAUUCAGGUUGAAAAAGGUUCAUGUGUAACAAAUUUACUCAUUUUUUCCAACUGUUUUCUGUGAGGUAUCCUUUGAUACCUCACAGAAGACUGAUUGGAAAUGUAGAGGCACAUGGUAUUGAGGCGAAUGAUACAAGAAAGGGCAAGAGAUAAAUUCAGAAAAGAUUCAAAACAAUACUGAAAUGAAUGAAUGAUUGGCAGAUGCAGUUUAAAAAAUAAUAAUGUAGGACUAUAGGCCUACAAAUGAUAAUAGUUUCCAGAUAUCAGGUAGACAGUACUGACAAUGGCAAAUCUGGGUAUCAUAAUCAAUAAUUAUCUUCAGCCUAGAAAUCAAUAUAUAAAUGCUGGAAUUAUAGGAAACAGGAUUUAUAAAAAAACUAUUAGUAAUAAGACUUCUAACGUUAUUCUUUAGUUUUAUAUUACCAUUAUUUAGAUUAUGCAGUUCAGUUUCGGUCGCCAUGCUAUAGAAUAAAUUCCUUAGAAGGUUUUCAGAGAAGAAUGACAAUGUUAUGCCCAGGCAUUAUAAAAGCUUAAUUUAUAGUUACUAUAAAGGCGAAGAGCAACUGUUGAACAAUUGGGUGAAUACAGCAUAAUCAAUACAAGCUGGAUGAACUUUGAUUAAACAAUAUUUUGAUAAAUUCUGGUUUGGCAAUAGGAUUGUAAAAUUCUGAAACCAAUUUCUCGGUGAAAUAAUAAAGUGGGAUCUCGAGUUUUUCAAGUGUAGGUGAGACAAACCAACAGUAUGAGUGGCCGAGGUUGGAUCUAUAUGUGAUCUGGCACGUAUGGACUAAUAGGCAUUUAUAACUUUGUUUUUAUAUUGUGUAAAAGUUACAGCCUAAUUACUAUACUGUAUUUACAUAUUUACAGUCAGAGUUUGUCUCCUGUGGAUUCCCAUAUUGGUCUCCGAAUGCAUGAUAGAACUGAUGAGAUAGUCAAAACUUUUGCUCAUAAAGAGGGAAUUAAUUGCCAUCUUGGA